UUGUUGAAAAGGCUAAUGAAGAGCUUGAGAAAAAGUAUAACCAAACUCAAGAGAAAUUAAUAAAUGCACAAGCUAAGAAUGAAAAUCUUAAAGAACAAUUCUCAGCUCUGAUAAAAUUUUUAAAUUACAAAACUGAAAUUGAAGAGUUAAAGAAAAAAGUUGAAUUGCAAUCUAAUGAACUCAAGCAAUCUCAAGAAAAAUUGUCAGUUUACAAGCAAAAUGAACAAGGAGCAUUAAUUAAUAAAUUGAAUUAUGAUUUGGAUUCUGCUAAAUGA